CAUUUACCCGCGAGACUAGCAGAAAUGAGCAUCAAACCAGUGAAGGCUGAAGCGGUGGUGGACAACAGACUAGAUGUACAGCAACCACUCGACUACUCCUUCAAGGCCAUAGGGACUUUUCAUGGCAAGUCCAUUACUGAAUUGCCACUGGAUGAGGACGAGUUGGCAGCAGAUGACUCAACAGAAACUGUAGACCUCGACAUCACAGCCUCCACCAGCAGAGCUCUCCUCCUCAACAACAACAGACUGGGUUUCUGGGACGAGUUCAGCGAGACCCUGCGUCGACUGUUUGUGGACCACACCUCCCACCUCUGCUGGCUGGACCUCGCCCUCAAUGAGCUCAGGACCAUUGACCCAUGCAUACUGGAACUAAAGAACCUGACAAUGCUCUACCUACACGGCAACAACAUUGGAAGGAUUGCCGACGUUGACAAACUGUCUCGACUCGGGCGACUCAAAACCCUCACCCUACACGGGAACCCAAUUGAGAGCAACGCCGGCUACCGGCAGUACAUCAUCUGCCACCUACCACAGCUCCUGACGUUUGACUUCAGUGGCAUCACAAAGUCAGACCGUGCCACUGCUGAUACCUGGAGAACUAUGAUUGCCCCUCCUCCAAAGAAAGGCAAAAGGAAGACUGAAACUGCCGAGUAGAAUAGCAAUGACUGUAUCAAUGAUUGAAGUGGCUGUGCAAUAUGUGUGCUAUCAGAAUGUGUAGUGAAAAUGAUUCACAAUUUUUUCACAUCAAAACACAUUGACCGACAAAAAUAUUAAUACAUUUUCAUGUCAUUACGUUGUAAUC